AUGGUGAUUUUUCUGCACGGACUGGGAGAUUCAAGUGAUGGUUGGGCUGAUGUGUUCGCCCACGAAAUCCGCAAUGACGAUACGAAGUAUAUUUGUCCUAGUAGUGCAUCACGAACAGUGACACUGAAUAUGGGAAUGAGAACGCCAGCUUGGUUCGAUUUAUUUGGAUUAGACGCUAGCGCCCGCGAGGAUUCAGAUGGAAUAGCCCAGGCUACACGAAUUGUUCAUGGGAUGAUCGAUGCAGAGCUCUUUGCUCUCUAG